AAAUGUGGAACUUAGGAUUUGAUUCAGCGUCUACCCUUUCCUUUCUAGUCUGUAUUCUAUCUAUUCAAUUCAAUUCUGGACAACAAAAACGUCCCUUUUGCAAGCCACAAGGAGUUAGUUUUGUGUUCUCUUCUGUUGACUUUUCAACUCUCUCUCUCUGCUUCUCCUAAAUAUCCUUCAAAGAUUUGUCAACUCCCAAAAAUUUUCCAUGGUUUGUGCUUCUUUCACAAACAGAACCUUUAUCCUAUGAGUCCUUCACCCUUGGUCUUUCUUUUUCCCCCUUAUGCUAUCAUCUUGAUAGCAAAUAUUGGUAGUGGGAGGAAUUGGAAUUAAGAGAAACAAACUGGCAAGAACACAAUUUUGAAUACAAAAAGUUGCCUUUUUUUGUUUUUUUUUUUAAGAGGGGUGGUGUUUGGUGGUAGUAAAAGGCAAAGCAAUGAACAGAAAAAAAGGGGUCAUUUCCAUUAAUGUUGAAGAAGCUGCAGUGGACUUUUUCAACCAUCUCUUGCAGGAGCAGCCCCGGAUUACUUUCUUCAUUCCACUGUUUCUGAUUGCUUGGGCUAUAGAGAGAUGGGUCUUCUCGGUCUCCACUUGGGUUCCUCUUGCACUUGCUGUGUGGACUACUAUACAGUAUGGGAGAUAUCAACGCAAACUACUUGUGGAGGACUUGGAUAAGAAAUGGAAGCGAAUCAUACUGAAUGUCUCGCCCAUCACACCAUUGGAGCACUGCGAGUGGUUGAACAAGUUGUUGACAGAAGUAUGGUCCAACUAUUUUAACCCCAAGUUUUCAACAAGGCUAUCAGCUAUAGUUGAGAAACGCUUAAAGCUUCGGAAACCAAGACUUCUUGAAAGAGUUGAGUUACAGGAGUUUUCACUGGGAUCAUGCCCUCCUAGUGUGGCUUUGCAAGGGAUGCGGUGGUCAACUAUUGGUGAUCAGCGAGUCCUGCAACUUGGUUUUGAUUGGGAUACAAAUGAAAUGAGCAUUUUGAUGCUUGCUAAGCUUGCAAAGCCAUUGAUUGGAACUGCUCGAAUUGUGAUUAACAGUCUUCAUAUCAAGGGUGAUCUUCUUGUUACACCAAUUCUUGAUGGAAAAGCACUUCUGUAUUCAUUUGUAUCAACUCCUGAGGUGAGAAUAGGAAUUGCAUUUGGAAGCGGUGGAAGCCAGUCACUUCCUGCUACUGAGUGGCCUGGUGUUUCUUCAUGGCUGGAAAAGCUUUUUACUGACACUUUGGUUAAAACAAUGGUGGAACCUCGGCGCCGUUGUUUCACUUUGCCUGCAGUUGAUUUAAGAAAGAAGGCAGUUGGAGGCAUAAUAUAUAUUAGAGUGAUGUCUGCAAAUAAACUUUCUAGAAGUUCCUUCAAGACAUCUAGGAGGCAACAAAAUGGUACAACCAAUGGUUAUUCAGAGGACAAUUUUGAUGAGAAGGACCUUCAGACAUUUGUGGAGGUAGAAGUUGAGGAAUUAACCAGGAGAACAGAUGUGAGAGUGGGUUCAACCCCUAGAUGGGAUGCACCAUUUAAUAUGGUUUUACAUGAUAAUACAGGAACUAUACGGUUCAAUCUUUAUGAGUGCCGUCCCAGCAAUGUAAAGUGUGACUAUUUAGCAAGUUGUGAAAUCAAGAUGAGGCAUGUUGAAGAUGAUUCCACAAUAAUGUGGGCUAUAGGACCUGAUUCUGGAGUCAUAGCAAAGCAAGCACAGUUUUGUGGAGAUGAAAUUGAAAUGGUUGUCCCAUUUGAGGGGACCAACUCUGGAGAGUUGAAGGUGAGCAUUGUGGUAAAAGAGUGGCAAUUUUCUGAUGGUACACAUAGCUUGAACAAUCUCCGAAAUAGCUCUCAGCAGUCACUUAAUGGAUCGUCAAAUCUUCAGUUAAGAACUGGAAGGAAACUUAACGUAACUGUUGUAGAAGGAAAGGAUCUUGCUGCAAAAGAGAAAUCUGGAAAAUUUGACACAUACAUUAAAUUGCAGUAUGGAAAGGUUGUCCAGAAAACAAGGACGGCUCAUACUCCAAAUCCUUCCUGGAAUCAGACAUUUGAAUUUGAUGAGAUUGGUGGCGGUGAAUACUUGAGAAUAAAAGGCUUUACUGAAGAAAUUUUUGGAGAUGAAAACAUUGGUAGUGCACAUGUGAAUUUGGAAGGACUGGUUGAUGGUUCAGUCAGGGAUGUAUGGAUCCCCCUUGAAAGAGUGCGCUCUGGAGAAUUAAGACUUAAAAUAGAAGCAGUUAGAGUGGACGACCAAGAAGGAUCAAGGGGUUUAAGUUUGGGCUCUGGCGGUGGUUGGAUUGAACUUGUUCUAAUUGAAGGAAGGGAUCUUGUUGCUGCCGAUCUCAGAGGCACAAGUGAUCCAUAUGUGAGGGUACACUACGGUAGCUUUAAGAAAAGGACAAAGGUUAUAUACAAAACUCUUAACCCUCAGUGGAACCAGACCCUAGAAUUCCCUGAUGAUGGAAGUCCCUUGGUACUUUAUGUUAAGGACCACAAUGCAUUACUACCCACAUCAAGUAUAGGCGAAUGUGUUGUAGAAUAUCAAAGGUUACCUCCAAAUCAGACGGCCGACAAGUGGAUACCUCUCCAAGGAGUGAAAAGGGGUGAGAUUCACAUCCAAAUUACUAGAAAAGUUCCAGAGACACAAAGGAGACUAAGUCUAGAAUCUGAACCUUCCUUGAGUAAAUUACACCAAAUUCCUAGCCAGAUAAAACAGAUGAUGAUUAAGUUCAGGUCCUUAAUAGAGGAUGGAAAUCUUGAAGGACUAGCUACAAUAUUGAGUGAGCUAGAAACUCUAGAGGAUACACAGGAAGGGUACAUUGUCCAAUUGGAGACUGAACAAAUGCUUCUUCUCAGAAAGAUAAAAGAACUUGGCCAGGAAAUUAUUAAUUCUUCUCCUUCCCUCAACAGAAGAUUUUCUGGAACUGGAAACUGACCCUCAUAAAAAAACAUUGCUUAUAGUAUACAGUAUUUAAUAUUUAAUGUUUUCCAUGCAAAAUAGUGCUUAUGGAAAUCAUCACGGACAAAUUUUGUAAAUGUUUCUCAGAGUAGCUAAUCUUCUUAUGCUACCACAUAUUUUGCUUGUACAUGUUUAUUUGAUCAUUUUUUUUCACUCUGGUGAAGUUCCUUUCGCAAGAAGGGGAUGCAUAAUAAAUGGAAGGAGUUGAUGUAAUCAAACUUUCACGCAAUUCUGGAUUUCUGUAUGAUUAAUUUCAAUGAGAAAAAACGAUCAAUUGCCAUUAUUUUAUAG